AUGUCAUCGAUCGCCCGACCACCAGAUCCCUGCCUCGUGGCAAUCAUCCUCAUUGUGCGCUCUCGAACCGGGCCCCGCCUCGUCUUCCACUACCCCCCGAAUCCCCUCAGCGAGAACCGCAUCAAAACCACUACCAGGGGUGGACGGCGCAUUUCGCGCAAUCGCACGCGAUCUAAGAAUACCGAUUCGAGCUCGAGCUCCGAGAGCGACUCGACCUCCGACGAAGACGAAGACGAACGAGAAACCCAGAGCCAUGCUGGUGGGAGUUCCUUGCUGGCGGGUCGCCGCGCUAGCAACUUCGGCCUCGAUGAUCAUCUCCAGGUUGCCACAUCGCCUGCUGCCGGUGAACCCCAGCGACCUGGGUCGCUAGGCUCUGGGCGUGGUUCAUCGGCUCGGAAACGGGCUGCGGGCACCGAUCCGGACCCCGACGACGAUGCGGGGACGGCGUCUGAUCGGCCUGAAGAUGGGAGCUCUAGGCCGCCUUGGGAGUCGCUUUUGGGUGUGCCUGGGAGUGUGUGGGAGAAACUGCUUAGUCCGUCUCGGUCGUGGCAUAAGCGGCGCUUUGAGGUUGGGAUUAAUGAUUUGGCGCUUAUUGGUUGGCCGGUUUUUGUGCGCGAGGAUGGCUCAUGGCGCAAGCAAAGACGCAAGAAGCAGAAGAAGCCCCGUGCUGAAUGGGACGGAGGGGAAUUGGGUCACAAUGAUAGUGCCGAGGAGGGCAAGAAGGACGAGCAAUUUGUUAUUUCGCCUGAUUUGAGUGCCAGUGUCGCUUCGAUUGCGGAGUCAUUGGCAUCACCGACAGGCAGUAAGCGUGGGUCGACCAGUGGACGGCCUGGGAAACCGGACGAGUCGCUUGAUCCGGAGGACAAAGACCAUAUGACGAUGUUCAAUGUGGUGUUUGUUGUAGAUCCUCCUUUGCUGGAGUACUCCAUGCGCGUGAAGGAAAUCUACGAGAAUAUCAUCAAGAAAUUUGCCAAAGCUCUCAAAUGGGAACAGGCUCGCACUGACUAUGUGUGGAAGGAGUCUCAGCAUAUUCUGCAAGUCAGGAGAAGAGCACGAGAGACAAGUAUGCUUUCUGCUAAUAGCCAUCCGCCGGAGCUAACACCCUGGAUAGAAACAUCGACCCAUAAUCUUUACUCCGAAUUGAUAUCCCAGUCUUCUCUAGCUCGAGCUAUCUACACAGUCUACAGCAGCAUAUCGGCAUCCAAAAUCGCUUCCGUAUCGCUCAGCCCGGAUGUCUCCAUCUCGCUCCAGAUUCCACCUUUGACCUCUACGUCAUAUCUUACUGGUCCUAUGGACAAAGCAUACCCAGGCUUGUGGCUCACGACAGCAGACAGUGCAACCCCCGCCGACGACCCAAGUGUAGAUGAAAGCAGCACGCCGCAUCAGGUCCCAGCAAAGCACUUUGCUCUACUUCUCUUAGACAGUGAAGCCGCCAUUAUCAAGGAUGUCGAAGCAUCUGGGGGAGCGCUUGCCCCCGCACUUGCGCAUUAUAUCCGAUGCUCCAAGCCAACCAAGUCAUUUGCGCAGAUAUCAGUCUCAUCCGGAAUCCCACUAUCCCAUAUCCAGAUGCUGUCGAGUCAUCUUGUGUACUGGCGUCGUGCUCGCGCCAUCCCUCCAAUCCACCAACGAGACACAUACAUCGUCUCUCCAAACUGUGACUUGAGCAAGCUUGAAAUAGCUACGAUUGCUUAUCAGACAGCAUUCCCAACAUACCCUAGUUUGCCCAAAAUGCUUUCCACCCUCAGUGGUACCCCUCGCCCUUAUAGCAACUUCAUCCCCAGCAAAGACCACAAAGAGAUAUACUUCACUAUCCUGGCCUGGCUACUGCGCGGCGGCUGGGUCACCCAGCUCCGCACUUUCGCGCGAAUCAAGGUCUCACCCGAGGUCAAAAUGGCCGUGGAGAUGGCGCUGCGCAAGGAGGAAGUAGAGCGAUACCUGUCUAGGGGCAACUCAAACUCGAUCUCGGUCGAUGAGGACAGCGACCCUGACAGUGAAAAUGACGAUGCGGACUCUUCCUCGUCUUCUUCCCUCGACAGCCACGGCAGCGGAGAUGAAACGCCCAUGCCUAGUCGACUCGACUCACACGCGCAACUGCGCUUUUCUCACAAACUCCUCGAUCAAUCAACAGCUCUCCGGCUGUCCUCUUUAAUUCCCUCCCCGCACCGCGCAUCCCCACUCGAGUCCCGCUGGCUUGACGAAAUCUUCUCCCGAUUCCCCGACACUCCCAGAACCAUGCAGGGAGAUGGAAACGCCAGUCCGGAUGGGACGUCUAAUGAUACCCAGGCCCUGCACAAGAAGUACUGGCCUGUUUUCCUCAAGUAUUUCAAUGGCUACGAUGCCAUGGAGAAGAUCAGCGUGCGCGAGAAUCUCAAGCGCAAGCUCGUCUGGCAGGUCCUUAUGCGCCUGGGCUUGGUGACGGGUCCAUUGGGCGCUAUGGAUCUCGAUCCGCGUGAACAGGUGUUGGUUAGUUUUCGGCACUGGUAG